AUGUUGACCUUAUGUGGGGUCCGUCAGUUUACUACCGUAAACGCGGUCCGUAAUCCAAGUAAAAUUAUUGGGCCGGCUGUUCGACUACUGCUUUUUCAGUAUGGUCUAGAAGAAAGUAAAGUUAAUCCUACGGGACCAAAAGGGAAUAUUUUGAAAAACGAUGUUUUACAGUUUAUCAAGAAUUCGAAUCUGAAACCAGUACCACAAAUUGUUGAGCCAGUUUCGUCUUCAGGCACGGUUGGAAUCAGUUUGAAAUACAUCGAUAUCCCUCUAACAAAUAUGCGCCGAGCAAUUGCUAAACGAUUGCUGUUUUCCAAACAAAGUAUUCCACAUGCCUAUGUGACUGAGACAAUUGUUGCUAACAAAUUAGAAGCAGUUAGAUCACAGUUCCGAAAUGAAGGUAUCAAAGUUUCAAUAAAUGAUUUUCUGAUCAAGGCUGCUGCUGUUGCUCUUCAGUCCGUACCAGAAGUAAAUGUACGAUAUUUGGACGGUAGAAUACAGAGACAGCAAUCUAUCGAUAUUUCUGUUGCUGUGGCCACUCCUGCAGGUUUAAUCACCCCCAUUGUUUUCAAUGCCAACCGUCUUGGAAUUGCUAAAAUCAGUGAAAUCGUUCGUGAGUUGUCAAUUAAAGCGAAGAAUAAUCAGCUUCAGCCAGCUGAGUUUGAAGGUGGUACGUUUACUAUUUCAAAUCUUGGAAUGUACGGUAGUGUUUCAAGUUUUACUGCAAUCAUCAACCCUCCACAGGCAGCUAUACUUGCCGUGGGAGGUGUUAUUAAAGAAAUGUCAUUGGAUGGAACUCCGAAUUCAACAAAAACAAACUUUUAUAGGAUCUCUGUGUCGCUUUGUUAUGACAGUCGUGCGAUAAACGAUUUGGAUGCGCAACGCUUCUUAGAUCAUUUAAAACUAGCCCUUGAUGAUCCGGAAAUAAUGAUCACCGGUACAGAGGGACUUCACGACUUAUCUGCGUUAUUGUAA